UUUUUUUUUUUUUCCUCUUCUUCUUUUUGUUAUUAUUAUUUCAUUUUUUUUUAAAGAAAAUAUACACAUAUAUAUACAUACAUACAUACAUACAUAACACAAUAUAAUGUCUGGAUACGAUCGUGCUUUGACAGUCUUUUCACCUGAUGGUCAUUUAUUUCAAGUUGAAUAUGCUUCCGAAGCUGUUAGAAAGGGAACUUGCGCUGUUGGUGUUCGUGGAAAGAAUGUUGUUGUUCUUGGCGUAGAAAAGAAAUCAAUUUUAAAAUUACAAGAUGCUAGAACUGUUCGUAAGAUUUGCAUGCUUGAUGAUCACAUUUGUAUGGCUUUUGCAGGUUUAACUGCUGAUGCUCGUGUAUUGAUUAAUAAAGCAAGAGUUGAAUGUCAAAGUCAUCGUUUAACUGUUGAAGAUCCUGCAUCAGUUGAAUAUAUUACUCGUUACAUUGCCCAAGUUCAACAAAAAUAUACGCAAAGUGGUGGUGUUCGUCCUUUUGGUAUUUCUACAUUGAUUGUUGGUUUUGAUAACAAGGAGCCUAAAUUGUAUAUGACUGAACCUUCUGGUAUUUAUACAGCUUGGAAGGCUAAUGCGAUCGGUAGAAGUUCCAAAACAGUUCGUGAAUUUUUGGAAAAGAAUUAUAAUGAAGAUAUGGAUGAAAAGAAUACAAUUAAAUUAACUAUUAAAUCAUUAUUGGAAGUAGUCCAAACAGGUGCUAAAAACAUUGAAAUUGCAGUUAUGACAGCAGAUAAUGUGGUUAAGGUAAAAUAUAAUCUUGAGUAUUUAAAAAAGUAGGAGGGGAGGGCGAAUUCUCGUAAUAAUUUUGUAUAUUUUAGCGCUUAGAACAAGAAGAAGUUGAAAGCGUUGUUGCAGAGAUUGAAAAAGAAAAGGAAGAAGAAGCUGAAAAGAAAAAGAAGCCAGCUACCACUGUAACAUCUGGAGAUAGUUAAAAAGUUUAUUUCUUUCAUUUAUUGACUCAAAUAAAAAAAACAAACAAAAAAGU